ACUGGGCAUGACCGCCACGUCACUUGCCUUUCACACGUGUCACCUUUCAGAGGUCUAUUUCUUUGGUCCUUUCACACUCUUCUCCCAUGGGGUCGCAGAGCAGAGCAAUAUUCAGUCAUGGUGUCAAAGGCGAGCGACGCUGCUGCCAAAUUCAGAAAUUGGGAUGAUUUUGACCGUGCAAAAACUGGUCAAGCAGCGAUAAUCGGUUUAAUUUCCUUGAAAAAAAUAUCGGAGAAUUGAAAUUCUUGAAUUUUACUAUCGAUGGGGAGAUCACAUGGAGAACAGCCAAGCGAUGUUGUUGGAACCUUGUCACAUAAGAUGCAUCAGAUUAAGAAGCAAAUCCAAGCAGAGAGAAUUGUUUCGGUUAAAGAAAAAGUUGAAAAGAAUGCAAAGAAGCUAGAAGAUCAUGUAUUAAAGAUUUUAUCAACAGCUUCAAGUUCAUUUACAGAGGAAAAUGGGAGUGCGAGAAUGUUUGCUCGGAGAAUUGAACACCCUUUGUGCAAGUUGAGUGGAUUGGCUCAAGGAUAUGGAGAUAAAGACCAUGUCAAUUUUCACGAAGUUAGUUCCCCAUCAAGUUCCAAGCUUCCACAUACCGAAAAGUUACCACCUUACACAACAUGGAUAUUCUUGGACAGAAACCAGAGAAUGGCUGAUGACCAGUCAGUGGUCGGAAGGAGACGGAUUUACUACGACCAACAUGGCAGUGAAGCGCUCAUCUGUAGUGACAGUGAGGAAGAGAUUCCAGAAACUGAGGAAGAGAAACAUGAAUUCUCUCCGGGCGAAGAUAAAUUGCUUUCGAUGGUCUUUCAAGAGUAUGGACAAAACGAGGAAGUGACAAAAAGUGUGAGCCAUUUUAUUGGGGCCUCCACUUUGGAAAUCCAGGACCGCUACAACACAGUUAAGGAAAAGAACCAAGAGAAAAAUGACACAAAAGGUUCUGGAGAAUUUGGAUCUGAUAAUGGAGUUUGGCUGAGCAAGGGUCUUAGUGCUGCUUUAGAUUCUUUUGAUAAUCUUUUUUGUCGUCGUUGCAUGAUGUUUGAUUGCCGUCUGCAUGGCUGUUCCCAACCUCUAGUCUUUCCUACUGAAAAGCAGUUGUAUUGGUCUGAACACGACGAGGAUAGGAAGCCUUGCAGUGAUCACUGUUACCUUAGGUUAAUAACUGGCAAAAACUUGCCAGAGGACCCAAAUGCUGAUUCUGUGCAUAAGAUGAAAACAAGAAGUUCAGAGAGAGAGAGCACUCCAGCAUCCCCUAAUGCUGAAGAACAUACUGCACAUGGUAAAAGAGACAUAGUGAAUAGUGAAUCAUGCACUCUUCAGAGAACUAUUUCUGUUGCAUCAGAAACUAUUUCAAGUUCAAAAUCUGCAGCCGGUGAUUUAAAUGCAGAUGUACCUGCAAUGAAAAUAGACCAUGAAAAUUUGGCAAAGCGCAAGGCCAUGAAGCAAACAGAUACUGAGCCACAUGACCUGGUAAUGGUUUCUGAUGAUUUCAAUGCUUCAUGCAAAAAACAGAAGAGACUAGCUGCUUUGGAUGCAGAAAGUGGAAGUACCAAUGAAAUUCAGGUCCAGGAUUGCAAUUUCAGUGCCAAAAGUAGCCAUCUGGAUGUUGGUUUGCAUAAAAAAAUUGAACUUCAAAUUCCCACUAAUAACUCUGGAAGUGCUUCCUAUGAUGAAUCUGGGGACAUAGUCAGAGAUGAACAAGAAGAUGACAUGGAAGUACUUGAACUGAAGCAGUUUUCAGAAUCCACAGGACAAAUUGAAAGGGUUUCUAGCAGCUCAGAAUGGAAACUGAUGGAGAAAGAAUUGUAUAUGAAGGGAUUGGAGAUAUUUGGCAGAAACAGUUGUCUCAUAGCGAGGAACUUGCUUUCUGGUUUGAAGAGUUGUAUGGAGGUGUCCACUUACAUGCACGAGGGUGGAGUUUCAAUGCCUCAUGGAUCUGUUGUUGGGCCAAGUUCAUUUACAGAAGACAAUGGGAAAACUGAUACCGACCAUACAGACCAAGAGAUGCCAACAAAGUCUCGGUUAAUUCGUAGAAGAGGAAAGGCACGGAAGCUUAAAUAUUCUUGGAAGUCCGCUGGUCACCCAUCAAUCUGGAAAAGAAUUGCUGAUGGCAAAAACCAGUCUUGUAAGCAAUAUACACCAUGUGGAUGUCAAUCCAUGUGUGGCAAGCAGUGCUCUUGUCUACAUAAUGGAACUUGCUGUGAAAAAUACUGUGGGUGCUCAAAAAGCUGCAAGAAUCGUUUCAGAGGGUGUCAUUGUGCAAAGAGUCAAUGCAGAAGUCGCCAAUGCCCAUGCUUUGCAGCUGGACGUGAAUGUGACCCAGAUGUUUGCCGGAAUUGUUGGGUUAGUUGUGGAGAUGGUACAUUAGAAGAGCCACCCAGACAAGGAGAUGGUCAAUGUGGAAACAUGAGGCUCCUUCUGAGGCAACAGCAGAGGAUUCUCUUGGCCAAGUCUGAUGUUGCUGGAUGGGGAGCUUUUCUAAAGAACUCGGUCAACAAAAAUGAUUAUCUUGGAGAAUAUACUGGUGAACUUAUUUCCCAUCGAGAAGCUGAUAAGCGGGGCAAGAUAUAUGAUCGUGCAAACUCAUCAUUCCUUUUUGACUUGAAUGAUCAGUAUGUUCUAGAUGCUUAUCGGAAAGGAGACAAACUAAAAUUUGCAAACCAUUCAUCUAAUCCUAACUGCUAUGCAAAGGUAAUGUUAGUUGCAGGAGAUCAUCGAGUAGGCAUUUUUGCCAAGGAACAUAUCGAAGCUAGUGAGGAGCUCUUCUAUGAUUAUCGUUACGGACCAGACCAAGCACCUGCAUGGGCUCGAAAACCAGAGGGUUGUAAGAGAGAUGAUUCAUCGGUCUCACAAGGCAGAGCAAAGAAACACCAAUCUCAUUGAUGAUGGAAAAUGACAUGGGGUUGACAUGUACAGAAUUAUGAAACCUAUUAGGAAGAAAAUUAUCCCUGCAGAUCGGCUUGGGAGAAGUCAUACCAGCUAGACAUCGAAAAACCUCACUAAAUUCAUAUAUUGCAUUUAUACAUGUUAAUAACUUAAAAAGCCCAAGCGUGGUUGUUUAGACCCUUAUACAGGUGAAUCAAGAUUAAAGUGAAAUACGAUGAAUAAGCUAGAAUUUUCUUCUUGCAAUUGUAUUAAAUUAUAUAAUAGUCACUCAGUCGAAGAUGAUGAUGGUGCUUGUGGCAGAAGAAUGUAUUUCUAUUAUGACAAUAAGGGAAUUGCUUUUAUCGUAACGAUAUGAGAGUUACUUUGUUGGUACGA